ACUUUUUUCGCAGCCGCAGUUGGUGUGGCGGAGCGUGAGUGUAUAGCAGCUGUGAAAAAGUGAAGGAGUGUGUUAAAACGUUGAAAAUUCGCGAGAUCAUUGAAAAAAGCAUAGUAAAAUUGCUUGAGAAGUACUAUAACUGGACAACGAAUUAAAGAUUAGUGCUAGUUUUAUCGCUUAGCCUGUAGUGUGUACCCCUACCGUCAAUGAAAACCAGAGUGUUUUAACAAGACGCAGUGUAGCUGAGAAGCCGAUUUUUUUUACCUCGCACUCGGACAUAUUCAAAUUUGCCAAGGGCAGUGACGAGGAACUGAUUCCUUACAGCAAAAUAUAAUAAAAUACCAUGGAUAAAAGGAAAUUAUCUACUUCCGGAGAUACGCUGUAUCAAACCCUCGGUUUACCAAAGACAGCUACAGCUGAUGAAAUCAAAAAGACAUACCGGAAGCUGGCUUUGAAAUAUCACCCAGACAAGAACCCUAACAAUCCAGAUGCUUCAGAGAAGUUUAAAGAAGUGAAUCGAGCGCAUUCCAUCCUCAGUGACCUGACCAAAAGGAACAUCUAUGACAACUACGGCUCGCUUGGGCUGUACAUCGCCGAACAAUUCGGUGAGGAGAAUGUCAACGCGUACUUCAUGGUCACGUCGCCUACGUGCAAGGCCAUCUUCCUGAUUUGUGGAUGCAUAACCGGCUGCUAUUGUUGCUGCUGCUGCUGCUGUUGCUGUAACUUCUGCUGUGGCAAGUACAAACCUCCGGCGAAUGACAAUACCAGCGAUUACCAUCAUCUACACAGAGAUGCUGCCAGUAGUAGCAACGCAGGUGAAGGAGCGACAGUUACAGAUCAGCCGCAGCGAAGAGAGGAUCUGGCUGAUCUGGAAGAUAAUGGAGGAGGUCCUGGUGGGCCGGUAACGUCUCAGCCAACGGCUGGACAAGCGCAGGGAGCCGGCAUGCCGGUGUACGCGAUGCCACCACCAUCGGCGAACCCGACCAAUCCGUUCACCGGUGCAGCGGCAGCUACGGAAAGCACAGGGCUGAACACCAGUAGCCAGCCAGUGUACACGCCAGGCCGCUAAAUUCAACCCGGAUUUUGUGUCAGCUUUAGAUGAAAUGAAAACCAUGGUAUGAAAUAAGUGUUAAGGCCAUUUAUUGAAGUAUAACUCUAUCCUUCGAAAUCUAUCACAAACUAAAACCAACAUCAACUACAAUAAAAAAGUGUAAUUGCAUCAUUCAACCCAUACACGAAACACGCUGUUCGGAUUGUUGACAACGUGGCACAUUGAAGCAAAACAAAACUUUAGCUACGUUUAAGAGUAACCUUGCAAGUCAGAUUUGAGAAAAAAAAAACAAAGAUUUAAUAAAAUCAGAAUUAUAUCUAGAACUACCUAAUCAACGAGAGACGCAGACAAAAAAUCAAAUACCUACACUCCACACUAUCUUCAAAACUAAUCAAACGCAUGAUGCUGAGUGCGGAUGGCAUCCCAGACAGAAGAUAGGAAAACCAAGAAACAAAGGAUACAAACCAAUUAUAACAAUUAUUACAAUAAACUCUCACGUUAAGUACCCAUUAAGAACGCACUGUUGUGAGGUCAAACAGAGAAGGACGCCUCAACGGGCAUUGCCAGAGAGAAAAAAAAGUUUUUUCCUUCAUUCAAUCUACUAUGUACGUGUUACACACCAUUUCGAUUUGCAAACAUACGAGCAAAAUGUUUAAAUUUGUGCAAAACAAAAAAUAUUACAAAACCAAACGUAAAUCUGUUAUUUUUGUGUAGUUUUUUCUUCCUCGAGCAAACAGAAAACCUCUAUUUAGAGCAAAUUUUAGACAAGUGGUUAGCUCCGGCUGGGCGGUUUUUGCUGUGCAAGAAUGUAACAAUAAAACAAAACAGUAGACAAACAUUAAAACCGUUCAGAGGCUACCCACUAUGUGUUUAGCUAUAAUAUAACAAAAAUCAUAUAUUCGAAAAAGAGCAGAUGAUUAAUUCCACAUGCGAGAACGAGAAAGGAAAAUACCUACGAUAAUAAAUUUUUCAUUGCGCCAGUUAUACUCAACCUGAA